AUGGGUGCUGAAAAGAAAAAGGAAAAGGUGAAGGAGAGGGCAAAGAAAAGAGCAAUGACAGCAGAACAAGUUAAAGAAAAAAAUAUGGCAAGGAUUGCUUGUGAGAGGAGAAAAGAUGGAGAAGUCUAUGAAGAUACUGAAGAGUUGACAGUUCUUCAAGGGCGGAAUUGUAAGCAGAGAUUAAUGAAGGUAAUUGCUCAGUAG